AUGCCUGGGAGAUACUUCGGAGAAAUUGCUCUUGGAGACUUCAGGAGUUUGUCUCAGGCAAGCCAAGGAUGGGUGGCUGAGUCGGCCUCCUGUUUCUGCCUUGUGGAAUCUUCGGGUGUGAGUGUGUCCGCACUCUUGCCCGAGACGCAGUGGAGCGACAAAAUUCCAAAUAUUUUGAUUUCUUCCCCCAGAGGGAAAACACUUUUUUCCCCGUUUUUGGGAAAGAAAAAACUCACUAAAUAUGCUCCCAAGGCCUGGAAAACCGCGCCCUAUGGCCUGGACGAAGGCGGGGAAGCCCUUCUGCAGUUUCGGUUCCGUGUACAAUUCUACGUGGAGACCCACCUCCUCCUCAGGGACCGGGUGUCGCGGCUGCACUACUACCUGCAGUUGCGGGAUAAUGUGGUGGCGUACACUCAACCCAUCAGCGAGGAGGCGACGUUCCUGCUGGCGGCCUACGCGCUGCAGGCUGACCUCGGGGACUUCUGCGAGGACCAGCACCAGGGACACUACUUCGACCCCAACCUCUACUUCCCGCCCUGGGUGGUGGAGCGCGUGGGGCUGACGUACAUCAUGGAGCACGCGCCGCACAUGCACCGCGACAACCUGGGACUCACGCAGGCGGAGGCCCACGCCCAGUACAUCCGGGAGGCGUCGCAGCAGGAGGCGCCGCACAACCUCCACAUUUACCAGCUGCGCUACAAGAAGCAGGACCCUUCGCCGCAGGUCGCCCUCGCCAUCUGCGCCAAAGGGGUCGAGAUAUACGAGGAGGAGAUGGGGCCCAUCACCCCGUCCCGCAAGCUGAUCUCAUCCUUCCAGUGGUCCAACAUCGGGAAAUUAUCCUUCGAGAAAAAGAAAUUUGAAAUUCGCGCGCUCAGUUACCCGGGGAAGCUAACCUUCUACACGACCAGCGACGAGAAGAGCAAACACCUGCUGUACCUGUGUCGCCUCACGCACCUGUUCAACCUGGCCUUGCAACCUCGUCUUGCAGAGGUCCGGCAGAUUCAAGAGGAAGAUCGGAGGCGCUACCGAGACAGUUACAUCUACAGCGACCGUUACGUGGAGAUGGGCGGCCUGUCCGAUACCCUAGGAGGGCUGAGGGGAUACUUGGCUAAGACUUCGGCCGACCAACGCGUGUCUGUGAUCUCGAACACCUCUUCGAACACCACGUCGGGCAUCGUGUCCGAUCGUGUGCUUUCCCUCGAUGGCAGUGAGGAUGAUCUGGACUCGGAGGUGAUGGUCAACACGCCCCCCGCCGCCAGCAUCGAGAGCGGCGUCGAGUCCCUGACCAGGUCCCUCUCACGCCUCGAUUCGUCGUCGAGUAGCACCCACGCCCACACCCCGGACUAUGAUGAGGAGAGCCUAAGCAGACCGUCGUUCACUCCGCCGUCGUCGACGCCGCCCUCCGGGGGGCGCGUGCGGGACGGCGUGGGCCUCUGCGGCAGCGAGGCGGGUGGGGUCUCCCUGGGCCGCGCGGGCAGCGUGCACUCCUCGUCCUCGCAGCACUCCGCGUCCACCGUCCGCUCAAGGUACUCCAACAUUCCACACAGACUGCCGCCAGAUCUGACCCUCGGGGCCGACUUGGCGGACCUGUCCCUCGCUCAGGACCUCCCCGACCUGGCCGACCUGCCGGGCAUGGCGGCCGACCGAUCGGGGCGGGCCGGGGACGAGGAGAGCGAGCUGUGCGCGGGGAUGUCCCACACCCAGCAUAACUGCUGCUCCACCUGCUGCGACGACGACAACGCCUCCAUCACGUCUGCGGACGACCCGGAGGAGGGCGCCGACGACCAGCACUGCAAGUGCGGCUCCUGCGCCAUGUGCAUCCUGCAGCAGGCGUCGGCGGGCUUCCUGCACCAGAAGCUGGAUAGCGAGAACUCAAGCGUCGCGGCGCAGCGUGGGGACGCCGGCCCGCACACCUACAACGACUCCCUAGACUCCGCCAGCGCCUCGACGCACUUCUUCGGCAGCCCCACCUUCGUCAGCGACGAGACCUCAGUGAUGGUGCAGCCCGACCUCGACGAGUCGGUAACCUCCACCUACAACUUCUCCGAGGAGGACUUCAGCCAGCUGGACAACAACGACGACUACGUGGAGUUUUUCAAGGACGGGCUGAGGUUCCCGGAUCAGGCGGGCGGCCAGCUCGAGCGGAGGGACCUCUCAGAGGAAAGGUCGAGUCUCACGCCGCCCACGAGCGUCCACCGCCUGAGCCCCCAAGGCCUAGGCGCUCAGGGGCUCGUCACGCAGAGGGUUGGGGCGCAGCCGGUGACCACGGUAGCUGAAGGGGCCGCGGCGUCGCCUCUGUCAGAUCAGCAGGAGGAGGAGCACCUGGACUACUCGGUCGAGAGCGCUCAGGCGUCCCUCUCGACGUCCUACUCCCCCGCCCUUGCCAUUUCCUUGGGCGCCUUUCGGCCGCGCGCCUCCGUGUCGUCCACCUUUGACACGGACAGCGACUACGUCCAAGUGUCGGGAACGGACGCCCGGUUCUUGGUAACGUCGCCGGCCCCUGUCUCCAUGUCCACAGUCACGACCAUCACGCCGGUGGCCAUCGCCUCCUCGCGCGUGAACACGGCCUCGCCGAACGGAUCCCUGCCCCGCACCAGCGAGCCGAACAGCAACAGGUCCUCCCUGGCAACGCCCGACGCCGUUAUCUGCGAAACGGCCGUGGCCAGUGCCAGCGAAGCCCCGGCGAAAUUUAUUACGUCCAAGCCCCGGAUCACAGUGCUGAAAGCACACACACAGCUGGCGGCGACAGCAGCGCCCUCGUUCACGUCGGUGCCGCUGAGCAGAGGCAUGGUCCACACGCUGCCGCAGGUCCAGCAGAGGCCCAAAAUCGACACCGUGCAGUCGCUGCAGCGCGGGGCGGCGCACCUCCCGGAGAUGAGGCCGCUGGGCCUUCCCCCGCCGUACGCGCGCGACCACCGCUCCAACAAGGUCAAGGCCAUGGCGGGGCCCGGCGGCGCCGAGGUGCCGGUGAUCAGGAAGAACAAUUACCUUGAUGUGCGCGCCUCCGCGUCCAUGAACAAAGGCAAGGCGCGCGUGCACCCAGAGCAGCAUCCUACUGUCACGCCAAGGAGCCUCUACCUCAGACACCAACAAAAAGCCCUGCAGCAGCAACAGCUCAAACAACAGCAGCAAAUUCAGCAACUGCAGCAGCGUAUCAGCAGUGAAACUGUUUACCAGCCAGCAGCUUAUGCCCAAGGCGUCGGAGUGCCGCUGUUACCGUCACCCACGUACACUGGCUUCCAGCAACAGCAGCAGGCUCAUUCUCUUAGUAUGCAGCAACCCGUUCAUAGCCUCGUGCAAGCUCAGCAGCAGCACCAUCAUCAUCAACAACAACAACAACAACAGCACCAGCAACAGCAGCAGCAGCAGCAGCAGCAGCAGCAGCAGCAACAGCAUCAGCAGCAACAGCAUCAGCAGCAUCCUCAGCAAAACUACUUAUAUCAGCCGUAUAUUAAGAACUUCUUUCAGAAUCCUCCGCCUCCCUCGCCGCACCACGGCUACGGUGUGGGUGCGGGUCCUGGCGGCAGCGGCUACCAAGUGGCGUUGGAGGCGGCGUCGCCGACCUACCAGUGCGCCAGCGAUCCCGGGACAUUCCAGACCCACCAGUCGCUGGCCACAGUCUACACCAACCAGGUGAGCCUGAGCCAGAUCGAACAGUUUAAGGCUCAGCUUUACUCGGACGUGGAUUACGUCAUCUACCCCAUGAAGGAUCCUGCGCUCAGCCGCCAAGAGUACAUGGACGCCAAACAAGGUCAGGUGAUCGCCACGCAGGCGCAGCAGCAGCAGCAUGCCGGGAGCAGCAGCAGCAGCUUCGCCUACCUGCAUCCCCCGCCGCCGUAUCGCACGCGCAAGCUCUCGCCCUUGUACAGGUCGUCGCCGAACGUCGCGGGCACCCUGAGCAGCUGCAGCGGCGGCAGCGGCAGCGGCGUCAUCACGGGCGGAGGAAGCGCGUCCCUGCUGUCGUCGUACCCGUCGUACCAGAGCCUCACCUCGCAACACCCCGGCUCGUCCUCCGGCUACUCGUCCAUGGCGCGGGGACGCUACUUCUCGCAGCAGUCCCUGGCGUCGUCGUCCCUGUCCUCCGCGCCUUCUGGAUACUCUGCUUCCACGCAGAGUCUCACUGGAAGCUACGAGCCCUAUUCCGAGGUCAUGCUGCGCUCGGCCUCCAUGAUGCGAGUCCGCUCGGACGAGUCCAUCUUGUCCUCUGCUCUGGCGGACUCGGCGGACCCUGCGGCUCCGCAAGGCCAACAGCUGCCUCCGCCCCCACCUUACCGGCCCAAGGAAACCCUGGACGGGACUGGGAGUAUUCAUGGGUCCUCCAAGGGAAGUAUUGGGCGGAGUCGUAGCCACAAGUCAGGGGGGCGCCUCAGCCUGCAGCAGCUGCGGGAGCGGAGUCAGCUCAUGGACGUGCCACUCAUCGCUGCCCUCUGCUCGGACACCACACUCAUCUCGCAUCCAGGCCGCACCUCUUCCACCGAUUCCACCUCAGCAUCCGGCAAUGGUGACAGCCCCACACUUACCCAGCCUGACGCCUCAGGCUCGCCAGGCCCUCACUCCGCAGCGCAGGCAUCCCCCUACAUGACUGACACUUUCUCCAACCCUUUGAUAGAUAUCCAGCCAGCGCCGGCGAGGCAAAGGCAGAGAGGGCUCAAGGCUACGCGCAGGUACUCUGUGUCAGGUGUCUACACCACCAACCAGGUGCCUGUGGCACACAUCAAGCCGAAAUGUGGUGGCAAGACAUUCAGCGGUGUCCAUCAUCACCCGAGCAAGACUUCCCAGCAGACACAAUCUCCGAAGCCUGUAAAUGACCCUUCAAUAACUAAGGUCAUUCCAUAGGUCGAGGACACUUCAGGAAUCUUUUUUGUGCUAUUUGCAGCAAAACAUGCAAAGCAGCUUUGCAUAUCUUUGGCAUUUCUGAAACUGAGUUUCUCUUUUACCUCAUAUUGUAUUAGGGUCCAUGUGCAUUCACUUUUAUGAUACUGUGCUGUAGAUUUCAUACAGCAAUGUCAGCAGAAGAUAUUUUGCAAAGUACUGUAUUGCCAUAAAAGAAAACUAGAAAUAACUCUGUCAUUGCUACAGAUAUAAAUCAUGGUUGUAUUCAGUAGGAAUCUUAAUAGAAUCAUGGUUCAUUGUACACACAGUUGAAGGUUGUUUUCGUCUUUAUGGAUAAUUAUGGUUACCAUGAUAAAGAGUUGGUAAAUGUGGUAAGAGAUAUGCGGCAAAUCUUGAGAAUUCACAUCACCAUGAUCUCGGAGGCUCUGGCUGGGCUGCUCUUCUUGUGUUUCUGCCGUGAGCUCACACAUAAGGAUACACACUCAGGCAAUCUUUCAUUUUUGUUAUUCAUAAUCGGUCUCAUUUGUCCUCUAACGGUCAAUGUCGUUGGGAUAUUAGGGAAAUUGUAAAAAGUCUUAGAUUUCCAGAAUGGUUAUUUCAGGAGCAUGCUUUCUUCCAUUGAUGAUUCUGUGAAAAAACUCCCAUCACUUUUUACUCCAUAAUUACGUCUUCAUCCAUUUUACAUAGAUUUAGUCCUUUUCUUUUCUCAGUCACUGCUAAUGCUUGCUGUUACUCUGUUGUUGAGCAAACUGAAAAAAAAGAAUUUGAGCAUUUUCAUGGAUAUUUAUUAUAGGUAAUUCAGGGUUUAAAUAUUCUCAUGUUUAGACCGUAGAUGGAACUGUAAUUCUGAUGCUAGUGGUUAUAUUGAGUUUAUGAAAAUAUGAUUUUCUGAAAAUGUAUUGGUAUGGAGCAUAUAAUUGUUUUAAUACACACACACACACACACACACACACACACACACACACACACACACACACACACACACACACACACACACACACACACACACACACACACACACACACACACACA